AUUUACCGAACCGGAAGUUCUUUAAGAAUUAUCGGCUGUUUGGGGCACCUGGACUGGGAAAGGGCACAAGAAUCAAGAUCAUGGCUAAUGAACUGGAUGUAUUUGUGGGUAACACCACCCUGAUUGAUGAAGAGGUGUAUCAGCUCUGGCUGGAUGGAUAUUCAGUGAGUGAUGCUGUCAACAUGAGGCUGAAGAGUGGCAUCUUGGACCAGACUGGUGCAGGGCCUGAUGUUUUGGAGAGUGACACUAUGGACCAUUAUCGCACAUUCCAGAUGAUUGAGAGGCUCCUUCAUUAUCCCCAAAAACUUGUGCAACAGCUCCUCUUCCAGAUACCCCCGUACAAACAGAGCAUGCUAAUAGAGAGAUACUAUGCAUUUGAUGAAGCUUUUGUCCGGGAAGUUCUUGGCAAAAAGCUUUCUAAAGGAACAAAGAAAGAUCUGGAUGACAUAAGUGUAAAGACUGGAGUGACCCUUAAAAGCUGUCGGAGACAGUUCGAUAACUUCAAGCGAGUAUUUAAGGUGGUAGAGGAAAUGAGAGGUGCCCUUGUUGAGAACAUUCAGCAGAAUUUUCUGUUAUCAGACCGGCUUGCAAGGGAUUAUGCAGCCAUUGUUUUCUUUGCUAACAGUCGUUUCGAGACUGGAAAAAGAAAACUUCAGUACCUGACAUUCGAGGACUUUGCUUCUUGUGCGGAACACAUCAUCCAAAACUGGACACUGGGAGCAGUAGAUGUAGCUGAUGACAUGGAUAUGGAUUUAGAUAAGGAAUUUCUCCAAGAUUUAAAAGACCUAAAAAUAUUGAUUACAGACAAAGACCUCCUGGAUCAACACAAAAGUUUGGUGUGCACAUCUCUAAGAGGAAAAAUCAAUGUAUUCCAAGAAAUGGAGGCAAAUUUUAAGACUUUAUCUCGGGCCCUUGUUAACAUCGGAACCAGUCUUACGCAUAACAAAGAUGUCAGGGAUUUUUUUAUUGACCUGGUGGAAAAGUUUAUAGAACCUUGUAAAGCUACUGGCUGGUCACUUCCAGAUGUUCAGCUCUUUCUCACCCAGUAUACAGCAUCUGCUCGAGCUCUCGAUGCCUUCAAGCAACAGGCACUUUGGGAGCGAUACAUGGGUACUUUACGCAGCUGCCUCCUGAAAAUGUAUCACACCUAACUUCUCAUUGAUUUCCAAAAUUGCUUGCACUUGCCACUUAUCAGUGUAUGCCUCUCUAUGUACAGCGGCUAAGAUCUGACUCAUGUACAUGUAUGUAUUUGGGGAACAAAACUAAGCUAAAUUGGUGCCAAAGGAACACUCAUCUCUCUGUUGCUUCCAGUUAGCUACAGACAAAUGUAUUAAUUGCACAUGAUAUUCAAAUUGUUCUUGUCAUCGUUUUAUUUUUGUGCGUGUAUAUAUGUACAUAGAUAUCUAUCUUGUUUUUAAAAUAAAAUGGUUUAAAAAUA